AUGUUACCACAAUCCACAGAACGUGCCGUCACCGUCUCAGGUACGGCAGAUGCAAUCAAUCUGUGUAUUGGACAAGUCUGCCAAAUAUUGCUAGAGGCUCCGCCCAAAGGUGCCACACUACCGUAUCGGCCAAAACCGACGUUCAACUCGCUGUUGGUAGCCAGUUCAGCUGCAGCCGCUGCUGCAGCUCAACAGCAACAGUUGGCCGCAUUGUUGCAACCAAAUUUGUUGCAACAAGCACAACUCGCACAACUUUUCCCUCCUGAGCUGGCGCGUGGUGUUCCAGCGUCGGCGCAAUAUGGGCCGGCUUCCGCCUUCCUUCCCGCUCCUACCCUCAAUCCCCAA